AUGGCCACGCAACGAGCUCUAAUAUCAACUCGCCCGAUUGUCUACCGCACGUUCAGGCGAAGUGCUUCAAACGAUCUACACACAAACCCGAAGGCUUUAUGGAAGGAAAUCAACCGACUUGGCUCGGAAGGAAAAUGGGAUGCAAUUAACAACAAACCCGAGAUGUUUUUAUUUGGUGGUGCUAAACAAGAUGCUUAUGGAGUCUACAAAGCCUUUAACAAAUCAACAAGUUGGUUUGACAGCUCGGCCUACGGUCCGAUUUUCUCGCUUGUAUCUCGUUUCAUAGCCCCAUUUAUGCUCGUUUGGGUUGGCGUGAUGAUUUACGACACAAUUGUGCCGGAACAGAAGAGGCUUCACUACAAGUACCAGCAGCAUCAUGGACACGAAGAGGAGCAUGGGCAUGCCGACUCCCACACACACCAC